CACAGCAGAUGCCUGAGGGCCCCUGGAGACAGUGCUGCCCGGUCACACACCAGGACCUCAAUCUGCCUGCCCUCAGCAGUCCCGCAUCCAUCAGGCCGCGCUGAAAACACUGCCUCGUGUCAGCCUCGACAGACGCAGCCCCGCAGGGGAAACCGCUCCGGCCUCCGGACCCCGAUAUCAAUCUCGCCGAACUCAAAACAGCCCCCGGGCGCAGACACUCGGCCUCCUGAUAAGACCGGCCUGCCAGCCACGCAGACAAGGGGGAUGGGUGCCGUCAGCAAGGCAUCCUCGCCUCUCAUUGGCCAGCGCCGGCGGCGGUUGGUGAGCAAGGAUGGUCACUGCAGCCUGCGGGGCGCGGGGGCGCGGGGCGGGGCCGGGGCCUGGCUGCUGUACGCCCAGGACAUGUGGGGCACGCUGGUGGCCAUGCGCUGGCGCUGGGUGCUGCUGGCCUUCUGCGCCUCCUUCCUGGCGCACUGGCUGCUGUUUGCCUGCCUGUGGUACCUGCUGGCCCACCUCAACGGCGACCUGCAGGUGGACCACGACCGGCCGCCCGCCGGCCACGUGGUGUGCGUCAAAUACAUCACCAGCUUCACCGCCGCCUUCUCCUUCUCGCUGGAGACCCAGCUGACCAUCGGCUACGGCACCAUGUUCCCCAGCGGGGACUGCCCCAGCGCCAUCGCCCUGCUGGCCGUGCAGAUGCUCCUGGGCCUCAUGCUGGAGGCCGUCAUCACAGGCGCCUUUGUGGCGAAGAUCGCCAUGGCGAAGAAGCGGGCGAGUGUGAUCCAGUUCAGCCCGUCUGCCGUGGUGGGGCAGCACGAGGGCGAGCCCUGCCUGAUGUUCGGCGCCACCAACAUGCUGCAGCGCCCUCUGCUGGACGUGCACGUCAGGGCGGUGCUGUACCAGGACCGGGGGGACCAGAACCUGCACCAGACGAGCGUGCAGUUCCACCUGGACCACCUGGGCGGCCUCCCCUGCCCGUUCUUCAUCUUCCCCCUGACGUUCUACCACCCGCUGGACCGGCACAGCCCGCUCUACGCGGCCCUGCGGGACGGCGACCCGGCCCACUUCGAGCUGGUGGUCUUCCUGUCCGCCUCCCAGGAGGGCACUGGCCAGAGCUGCCAGAAGAGGACUUCGUACCUGCGCGGGGAGAUCGAGCUGGACCACCGAUUCGCCGGCACGCUGAGGCUGGACGGCCAGGGGCACUACAAGGUCAACAUGGGCAACUUCGGGAAGGUCCUGCCCGACCCCGUGCACACCAAGGAGUUUGUGGUGCAGAUCAACGGAGACGGGAACGACAAAAAGGAAUAG